UUGUUUCGGAAGAUAUCUACGCGUAAAUGGGGAACGCACAAUCGGGAUCGACCUUAACUAGGACGGGGGGUGCCCUCGAUUCGUUUGUGGCGGAGCUGGGGAAUGACAUUGUCUACGAGAAGAGCCUCGGUUCUGCUCGCUUUCUGAAGACGGUCAGAUGCCGCCACCGAUACGGGCACCUCGUUGUAAAGAUAUUCAUCAAACCAGAUCCAGGAGUCAGUCUGCGGAACUACCACAAGCGAUUGAAGAUUGAACGAGACCAGCUACAAGAUAUCGCUAAUGUCUAUGGAUAUCAGACCUUCGUGGAGACAGAGAGGGCUGCGUAUAUUAUUCGUCAAUGGGUAGCGAGUAACCUAUACGAUCGCAUCAGUACUCGUCCUUUCCUGAGUAUGGUCGAGAAGAAAUGGAUCGCGUUCCAACUCCUGACCGCACUCCGUGACGCGCGCAAUCGCAAGGUCUCUCAUGGGGAUAUCAAGUCCGAGAACAUCUUGGUGACUUCCUGGAACUGGGUCUAUAUCUCCGACUUCGCCUCCUACAAGCCCACCUAUCUCCCUCUGGACGACCCCUCGGAUUUCUCCUUCUUCUUUGACACCUCGGGCAGACGGACAUGCUACAUCGCACCCGAGCGCUUUUACACCGCGACAGACAACCCAGAGAUAAGUAAAUUGAAGCAUAGGCUCGCUUUAGAGGAAAGCGAUGGAAAGAGAGACGGGAAGGUCACAGAGGCGAUGGACUGUUUUAGUGCCGGAUGCGUCAUCGCGGAGCUAUUCCUCGAAGGCGCGCCGCUGUUUACAUUGAGCCAGCUCUUCAAGUACCGCGAGGGGGAGCUGAGUGUAGAUGGGCACUUGAGCGCAAUCGAGGACGAAGGGGUUAGGAGCCUGAUUAAGCAAAUGAUUGCGCUGGAGCCGUCUGCAAGGCCGACAUUCGAUACGCUACUCCAUACUUCGAGGGGCACCGUAUUCCCCGAGUGCUUCUAUUCCUUCCUUCACAAUUACGUCUCGUCUAUCAACGAGCUACCCACACCAUCUCCGUUCGCCCCGACUCCAGCUGGUGCCAUAGUUCCAGCGACCCCUGUUACGACUCCUAUGAGCCCAUCGCCCUCCACCGCUCCCGUUGGCUCGAAGCUCAAUCCAGCCGCCACCGGUCUCACUGGUGCAGAUGAUGUGAAUGCUGCUUUACCCAAUGAUUCGGAUCACCGGAUAGACAGAAUCUGGGAGGAUUAUGAGAGCGUGGCGCCGUAUCUCACUAUCGAGAAUGGCGACAAGGAGGCCGCCGAACCGGAUGUGAAAUGGGACUAUAACGGGCUGCUGGAGUCUUAUAAGCCUCUUCAGGAUGUAUUUCCUGUGGAGUUGCAUAUUCCUAACCGUGAUUCCAAACUACUCCCUUCAACGCUCUCUGGUCGUAAGGCUGCGUUCGAAGAUGGUCCGGCAUUAAUACUCCUUUCGUUAAUAUGCGCCAAUAUUCGGAAUUGCCUGCGGCCCAGCUCGAAGAUUCGGGCUCUCGACGUGUUCCUAGCCCUAUCCCCGCAUCUUACGGAUGAAGCAAAGCUGGACAGGUUGGCGCCGUAUAUCGUUGACCUGCUGCAUGACGAUGCAGCAAGUGUGCGAGCUGCAGCCCUGCGAACCUUGAUGCAAGUGUUGAUGCUUGUGACGGUCAUCACGCCGUCGAAUGCUGCGAUUUUCCCCGAAUAUAUCUUUCCGAAUAUUUCCCACCUCCUCCAGGAUCCGGAGGUCUCUGUCAGGGCCGUGUACGCUCAGUGCAUGGCCCCGCUAGCUGACACUGCUGUUCGAUAUCUGGAAAUGGGGCAAGCGUUGAGGGCUCACGGGACUUUCAGGCUAUCAGUGGAUGUUCAAGAAGAGCAAGCUCACUUCGAGGUCUCCUAUGACGCCAGUAUGCAAGACUUACAAAGCGUUGUACAAGAUCACUUGUCCAUGCUUCUGGUUGAUCCCUCGAGCGUCGUAAAGCGCGCUGUCCUACACAAUAUCUCAUCGCUCUGCAUCUUCCUCAGAAGGCAGAAGGCGAACGAUGUGUUGCUGAGCCACAUGCUAACAUAUUUAAAUGAUCGCGAGUGGCUGCUCCGCUACGCCUUCUUUGAGAGUAUAGUUGAUGUAGCAGCUUGCGUGGGCGGUAAGAGUCUUGAAGAGUAUAUUCUGCCGCUCAUGAUCCAAGCACUGUCCGACGUGGAGGAGACCGUUGUUGCCAAGGUUCUUUCAUCCCUCACUAGUCUAUGCGAAUUAGGACUGUUCCAGAAGAUGAGGAUAUGGGAACUGAUGAGCGCGACACUCGGCUUCCUCUAUCAUCCGAACGCAUGGAUACGUCAAGGUGCUGCGGCUUUCAUUGCUUCCGCUGCCAAGCAUCUGCCCCCUACGGAUGUCUGGUGCAUCCUGUAUCCGUCUUUGCGACAUUUUCUGACAUCCGAUGUACGAGACAUCCAAGAGCGUAGCCUGUUGGUAGCAAUGAAGACCCCCCUCAUGAGGCAAAUCUUCGACUCAGCAGUACAGUGGGCCAUGAAAGCGGAGAAGACACAAUUUUGGAGAGGUCACCGUCGACCGCGCUCUAAAGUGGAAUCCCCUAAGGAUAGCAUGAUUGCAUCAAGAAAGUUUAUCCCACCCAACGGCAUGCGGAACAGAUCUGAAGAAGAUGAAGCUCAACUGAAUAGACUACGACAACUAGGUAUGACCCAGGCGGAGGAAGCGAAGCUUCUUGCAAUGAGGGAUUAUCUAGCCAAAUUAGCGGAUGCGAUUGCAAGUUUCCAAGCUCGGGCAGCCUCUGAGGUCGAGGCAGAAGUCCUUAAAACGACGGGAGACGUUGAGCUGCAGAAACUUGCUGUCGUUCCGCGAACAGUGUUUCUCAAGGCUCGCGUUGCCGAUGUUGUCCCCCAUUCACCUCGAAGGUCUUUCAUGGAUUCACCUAGAAGUCUGGCCCCAAUCUCUCCGCGCAGGUUACCGAGUGAACAUGGCUCGGCUGGCACUCCAUUCGAAGACCUGCGGCGACGGCUGGCUACCAUCAAUGGCUCCACUUCUUCCUUGACAGUAAACCUGAACUCUAGAGACCAUCGCCUUUCGUUAUCUCCUAUGCCGGACGCCGGGCCGCGCCCUUCUGAGGACGCGCCUGCUCUUCCUCCUACCUUCGAUCGCCCGAGUAGCCCCACGGAAUCUAUAACUUCCGUAGCCGGCUCCUCGGCCUUUCGCACCGUCCACAAAUGGAACGUUGGUGGUGAUCUCCAGAAGGCUGCUCCUGCUAUCGGGUCCUCAAGGGCCAAUGCUAUUGGCUUACUUGAGACCGCUAGCAGGAUUCAGUCUGAGGGCUCUCCCGAACUGUCAGGCAGGUCAUCUCCCGUUGGAACUAUCCGUGAGCAGUAUCGGAGCCGCGUCCCGGCAGCCAUCACGGUAUCCUCUUACGACGGGCAGGAGCCUAGCAUCAACAAUCUACUGGAGCACUUAUAUCUGGACAACAAUCGUGAUCUACAAAGCGACUUCGGGCCCCGUGUGCAUGUAGGCCCACUACGACGACGGAAUGUUGUGCGACAGAGUUACACCUCGCGAGACAGCGGCUCCCGACGUGCCGAAGCUACGCUGAUACACCAUUUUACCUCCCAUACGGACUGUAUCACAGGUCUGGCUGUGUCCCCGGACCAUACGUUCUUCGUGUCUUCUUCCGACGAUAAGACUCUUCGGGUUUGGGACACAGCAAGACUGGAGCGGAACGUGACGAGCAAAGCUCGACAUACGUACUCCCAGCAUCACGCUAGGGUGAAAUGUGUUUGUAUGCUUGACGGUUUUCACUGCUUUGCUAGUGCCGGGGAGGAUGGAAGCUUGCAUGUCGUGCGUGUCCACGUUAGCCAAAGUGGUUCGCUGCCGAAAUACGGGAAACUGCAAGUGAUUCGAGAGCAUCGAGUUGAUCAUCCUGGCGAAUACAUCACCUGUAUGACCCAUUUCGAGACUGAUACCUCGUCAAAUUUGGUUUACGCUACUACAUACUCCCUCGCGCGGUUGAUUGAUCUUCGGACAAUGCGCAUUCUACAGUCGAUGCAGAAUCCCCGCCACCAUGGACCUAUAUCCACCAUGUGCUUGGACCGCAAACGUGCAUGGGUCGUGUUCGGUACCACCACCGGUGUCCUCUCACUCUGGGAUCUCCGCUUCGGGAUUCUGCUCAAGAGCUGGAAAGUCAAUGCCGCCUUUGGGGGCAAAGCUCCCAGGAUCUACCAGUGUGCUCUUCAUCCUACGAAAGGAAGAGGCAGAUGGGUGAUGGUGGCUGUUGAGUCUUCCAGACCUGCCUCGGAGGGCGCUCCUACUGUACUCAUUGAGGUGUGGGACGUGGAAAAGACGUCUUUAGUAGAAGCAUACGCCGUCAGAACAGUUUCCAAUCCUGCCGUUCCGAUUCAAGAUCCCGAGACUUCGAACAGUAGUGAAGCCGACAAGAGUCCCGCUGCUGCCAUCGCCGCUCUUGUUCAGGCUCGUCAGCAGAACGGAAAUCGUCGUUCAGGGACAUCAGCACAAUCUGUGUCCCGGGAGACUUUCCUGAGCUCGCCCUCGCAUGACAUCAGAUGUCUUGUGGCUGGAGUCGAUUUUGGCGGCGCCGGUCACAGAGCGGAUGCUGGAAUGAUGUUCGAUGGAGACGCGCCGGCGCGAGCGAGCAGAGGAUUCAUGUUAACCGGGUCAGAGGAUCGCAGACUCCGCUUGUGGGACCUUGGCCGUCCUGAUCGAACGACAGUGCUUAGUAGUACGGAGGCAGAGAAUGACAAGGCGGCCUAUAAUACUGUUCAGUCGUCCAGCAGGACCACCCACGUGGAGACCUGGGUAGCCUCCCCCAACUCUGGAAGCCUCAGCAACCGACCGCCGCAGCGAAUGUCUUUGAUAAAUCAUAGCCAGCAGAAUCUCUUGAAGGCGCAUCAAGAUAUCAUUAGUGCGCUGGCAUGCAUCGACUCACCCUUCCGUGGAGGCUUCGUCAGUGGUGAUCGCGCAGGAGUGAUCAAGGUUUGGAGAGUAGAUUUGUCGGAGUAG